AUGGCUCGAUUUCCCGCUCACCAAAGCCGGCCCGUUCACGCGACCUCGGCCGUGAACCAUGCAGCUCCCGCCGAGGCCAACUAUGACACGGCCAACCCUGCCUACAUUCGCAAGUACCUCCGCACCUACGGCCUGACUCCCCCGCGUGCGGAGUCGUACGAGACUCAGAAGACUCGCUGCCUCGCUCAAUUGGCUCUCAAGCAGACCGCCAUCGACAAGUUCCUCUACCUCAGCACUCUCCGCAAGAACAAUGUUCACCUGUUCUACCGUCUGGUCACGGACCACCUGAAGGAAUUGACUCCCCUCAUCUACACUCCCGUCGUUGGCGAAGCCUGCCAGAGAUGGUCCGAGAUCUACCAGCAGCCCGAAGGUAUGUACCUGAGCUGGGAAGAUCGCGGCAACCUGGCUGCUGUCAUUGCCAACUGGCCCCAGCAGAACGUUGAGAUCACAUGUAUCACCGACGGUUCCCGCAUUCUCGGUCUUGGUGACCUUGGCAUCAACGGCAUGGGUAUUCCUAUUGGCAAGCUGGCUCUGUACACUGCCUGUGCCGGUAUUCGUCCCGAGGCUACCCUGCCCCUGACUCUGGAUCUGGGUACCAGCAACAAGGCCUUCCGGGAAGACCCGCUGUACAUGGGUAGCCGCCGUGACAAGGUUACCCCCGAUGAGGAGCGUGAGUUCUUGGAUGAGCUGAUGGCUGCUCUGACCGAGCGCUGGCCCGGUAUUGUCAUCCAGUUCGAGGAUUUCAAGAACCCCUUCCCUGCUCUGGAGCGUUACCGUGAUGUCUACACUUGCUUCAACGAUGACAUCCAGGGUACUGGUGCCGUCAUCCUCGGUGGUGUGAUCAACGCCGUCAAGCGCUCGGGCCUUCCCUGCAAGGAGCACAAGGCCGUCUUCUUCGGUGCCGGCAGUGCCGGUGUCGGUGUUGCCAAGCAGAUUGUGGACUUCUUUGUCCGCGAGGGCAUGACCGAGGAUGAGGCUCGCGCCUGCUUCUACCUGGUUGACACGAAGGGUCUCGUCACUGCUGACCGUGGUGACAAGCUCGCCGAUCACAAGGUCUACUUCGCUCGCACGGACAACGACGGCCUCCAGCUGAAGACCCUGGAGGAUGUUGUUGACCACGUGAAGCCGACCAUCCUGAUGGGUCUCUCCACCAUGGGUGGUGUCUUCACCCCCGAGCUCCUGCGCAAGAUGGCCGAGUGGAACACCCACCCCAUCAUCUUCCCUCUCUCCAACCCCUCGUCCAAGUCCGAGUGUGACUACGAGAGCGCCGUCACCAGCACCGAUGGCCGGGCGCUCUUCGCUUCCGGCUCUCCCUUCCAGCCUCUGUCGUUCACCAACUCUGCUGGUGAGACGCGCACCUACUACCCCGGCCAGGGCAACAACAUGUAUGUCUUCCCCGGUAUCGGCCUGGGAACCAUUCUCUGCAAGGCCGUCAAGGUCACCGACAGCAUGAUCUACGCCUCGGGUGAGGCUCUCUCCAAGGCUCUCACUGCCGAGGAGAUUGACCGUGCCCUUCUCUACCCCGACCUGACCCGCAUCCGUGAGGUCAGCGUGGUGGUGGCCCGCAACGUCAUCCGCGCGGCCCAGGAGGCCAAGGUCGACCGCGAGACCACCCUCCGUACGAUGAACGACGAGGCCUUGGACGCCUGGAUCAAGGCCCGCAUGUACAACCCCCACACCGAAGUCUUGGCUUUGGAGCGUGAGGUUGGCUCCAUCCUGGCUAGCCUGGGACCCAGCGCCUUUGCUCUGGAGUCUCUGAGCGAGGAGGACAAGAAUGCCAAGCUGUAA